UGGUCCAGUUAACUUCAUUUCUCUCCCCUCUUCCAAUCGAUAGUCGCUCUCGACUGGGACUCAUGGACAACAUGAACAAGACCACCGACGAAAACGUAGACGAGCUCCGCCAGCGGCUCGACCACAUGAAAAAAAUGAUGGCCGAGCGCAGAUUGAUCCAGGAAGACGGCAGUUCUCGGAACAAAGGCAACGGAUUCAUCGAUGGAAGUCUACUGGGCUUCGUUUUUGGUACAGCUCUAUUCGUCAUAAUAGCCGUUAGUGUAUACGCUUUCUACAAUCUCUAUAACGCAGUGGCAAAGAAGUUUUGGACGAUACACGAUGAACUUUAAUUUAAUUUACGAUUUUUCUAUGGGUUUACGCUGUUUUAUAUUUAUAUAAAUAGAUUUUUAC